CGGACUGCUGCCAAGACUAUUAGUACUAGCGCCUACUGCUUCGACCGUUUUGGAAUUGGUUGAGGAUGGUGCCAGGAUGCCUCAACAUGGACCAUCGAAGAUAAAUAUUGUAUUUGCUCUCAGUCUCGUUCUUCCGCUCGCCAUUUCUUUCUUGAAUCCUACCUGGAGGUUUACUCAAUUUACACCUCGACAACUCAUCUACGGGAAAGACCUUCUGCCAUUCAUUACUGCAUUUUGGGCCUUGCCAACGCAUACACUUGGUCAACUUUCGCGCCUUCUUCAAGCCGCCAUAGUAGCAUGCUUCCCGCAGGUAUUGGCGGUUCAUAUUUUCGCCUUUUGGUUCAUCAUUCCUUUCGCGAGAACGCUUUCCGGCUUUCUGCUUUCUCGUAGCGUAGGAUGGGCCUACCCCCGACUAUUCAACCACUGGGCGUUGUACGAGCCAUCAAGUGGCAUCGGUCCUGCACUCGCAGCAUACCUCAUAAUUGCGCCGUGGACAUAUGCCAUGGCCUCCGUAGCCUCCGUAGUGCUAUGGCCUGUUCAGGUCACGAAUAAAUCAUAUCUGCGAUACCAUCCCUACCACCCUAUGGCGCUGGACGUGCGACGGUUGCGCAUAGUCAUGCAGACUGCGAUACUCUUCUUGCUCCUCAUACCCUUACAUGUCAUUCUUACCACCAUGCUCCCGAGCAAGAUAGUAUUACGUAUGCCCACUUCUCCUCAUGGAACACAGCCCUUUUUGGAGAUUCUCAUUCUCUCCUAUCCCCGUCCGGGUGAUGCAGCUUCGUCCGACUCACUGCUGUCGCAAACAAUCUCCUCAUACCUCCCUUAUGCCGAAUCAAACACGGUGCUCUCUGUGUUCACGCAUGCCACUACACACGUGUCAUUCACUCACGCGAAGGAGCAUUAUGCUCAAGCGCCCAUUACAUUCUAUACAGACACGGACAUGCAUGCGGACUCAUAUUCAAAUCAGCAUUUACAUGUCGCAGAAGCUUUCCGGUGGGCUUCUGAAAAGGGUCCAUCUCAAGCAGAAUGGGUCAUGCUUGUGGAAGAUGAUUUUCCGGUAUGCGGUGAGUGGGGAUGGCGAGGCAUCCUUGGCGUGAUGAACGAACUCCAGCGUGAUGGAAAAUAUGGAGGAUUUGUUGGAACCGGUGGCAGUGGUUUAAUCAUUCACCGUACCCUGUUGCCCAUCCUCACGUACAUAUUGCGUGCACAUGCUCUGCAGCACUCCCCCCUCCCGCCCUCUGUGGGACAUCGGCCUGCAGACCUCAUCAUACAAGACUGCCUUUUUGGAGCGGACCUGUUAUGUCCGCACAACACCAAGGAACCCACACUUGUCAUUUCGUCUCGUCUCGUCAUGGAUCAUAUAGGCGGGAGUGCCAGCACCAUGAAAGGUCGCAUGUACGCUGCUGAAAAGUGGAGAUGCGGUUGGAGGCAUCCGUUUCAUGGUUUCAUGGAGGUGGAUGUUGUACCGGUUUGAUAUGGCGCUAUCUAUUAUCUAAUGUCAUGAUGGAAUGUUGAUAAUUGUAUAGAUCUGAAUAUUUCGCUUUAAUUUCAUUGAUACAGCAACGUGAUGAUGGUGC